AUGGCCCCCUCCAGCCAGGUUGCCGUCGCUGCCUUGGCAGCCGCAGGCUGCACGGCCUUCGUCGCCGCGCCCAGCGCCACACGCGGCCCUGCUCUGCGCAGCACCGUGCAGGGCCAGGCAAAGGCGUCCUCGACCUCCGGGACCGGCCUGGCCAUUUGCGGCCUAGGUGCGGCAGUCGGCGCUGCCAUCGCCGCCCCCAAGAAGGAGCGGGUGGCUCUCCGUGCCUUCGAGACAGAACUCGGAGUGCAGCCCCCGGCCGGAUUUUGGGACCCGCUAGGCUUCACCAAGGGUGGUGAUGCAGCCUCUUUCCGUCGACGACGGUAUGUGGAGCUAAAGCACGGGCGCGUGGCCAUGUUGGCAUGCAUGGGAUACAUCGUUCCUGAGUACUACCGAUGGCCAGGUGAUCUCUCUCCUUCCCUCGGCAUCAAGUUUACGGAUGUCCCAACCGGCUUCGCCGCCUUCUCAAAAGUGCCUCUAAGCGGCUGGGCACAGAUGGUGGCCUUCGCUGGUAGUGUGGAGCUCUUCCAGUACGUGGAUGAUCCCAAGCGUGCCCCGGGCGACUUUGAGAACGCGGGUCUCCUGGGCAUCCCCAACGGCUUCAUGAAGGCUCCGGAAGGCCAGAAGGAAAAGAAGCUAGCUGCCGAGAUCGCAAACGGCCGCUUGGCCAUGAUGGCCAUCAUUGGCAUGUUCUUCCAGAACGGAUUGACAGGACAGGCAUGGGGCGACUGGUCUCUGUACACGGACUCCCCGCUGCGCGCCUUGACGCCGGCGCAGGAGAUCAUUGCCGGGACUGGCGGCCCUCUCCCUGACAACUUCUGGGAUCCGGCGGGCAUCACGAAUGGCAAGACCGAGAAGGAGAUCGCAAUGCUCCGGGCCAUGGAGCUGAAGCACGGGCGCGUGGCGAUGCUUGCGGUGCUCCACUGGUUCCAUGUGGCCGCGGGCUACCACCUCUUGGGUGAUUAUGCCAUCGGCGAGAGGAUGAGCAACGACCCCCUCGUCAGCUUGACCCAGCUCCCUAUGGGAGGCAUGUGGCAGGUGAUCUUCACCAUCAUGUGCUUGGAGUGGCUGACCACCUACAUCUGCAAGCCCCCUGAGGACCGCCCUUGGGACGUGCUCGGAUGGAAGGGCAUCAUCGACGAGGACUACCCUUCCGAGAUCUGGAACGGAUGGAAGCGGGUCCAGUGCCAGGAGCUGAACAACAGCCGCCUUGCCAUGGUGGCCAUCACCGGACUCGUCGCCCAGGACGUUGUCACCGGCGACUACGUCGCAGGCUUGCACCAGGCCAAAGCCAAGCCGCAGAGUCCGGCUGGCUCGGUCAAGGCGGCUCCCGCAGCGAAGCCUCGCUGUGGGCCAGCGGCCUUUCAGCUGAUCAAGAAGAUCGAGAGCCAGGCAGACUCGCAGCUAGGCAGCGAGGCUGAUGAGGAAGAGGAUAGGGAGGGCAGCGGCUUCGUCGCUCCUGGGUCCGACGACGAUCUGUGCGUCGGUCAGCAGGGCAGCACCAGUCGCUUCGUGAUGCCCGGGCCGGGUGCCACAGACUAG